AUGGCGGAAGGAGAAACCCCGCUGGGGCAGGCCCUCCAACGUCUCGCUCACAUGCAGGAGACCACCACAGCAUUACAGCGACAGCAGAGCAAGGCUCUGCUCGGGAUCGCCUCGAGCCAGCGCGAGGACCGGGCUCUCCUACGGGAGCUGCUGCAGCGUCCGACCGCUCAGGAGGCCGAUCCCGCGACCAACCCGGCCUUCAAUUGCCCUCCAGAAGUUGACGAGGAGGAGUGUCCGGCCCGGCUAUUGCCUCUGCUAUCUGGGGAUGCGCAGCUAGCCGCCCACAGCCUGCCAGCAGCCUCUCGGCAUGUGUACCGGCAUCUGAGGAAGGCCAUACUGGACCGGCUUGGCAGCACGCCAGAGGGACAUCGCCGCCGGUUCCGGGCCCUCCCCUUCGAGGACGCUGACCGGCCCUUCUCCUACGCGCAGCGGCUCCGGGAUGCAGCGAGCCGCUGGCUCCAGCCGUGGGUGCGCUCCGCUGAGGAAGUCGUCGGGCAGGUGGCGCUGGAGCAGUUAAUCGCCGGCCUGCCAUCUUCGACGGCGAAUUGGGUCCAGUGCCAUCGCCCCACCAACCUGGAAGCAGCCGUCGUCCUCGCGGAGGACCACCUCUCGCUUCCCCGGCGGAGCAUGAAAGAGGAGCCCCGACCACCAGCCGUUUCAGCGGCCCGACCCGUCCCAGCCCCGAGGAGGAGGUUUCCGGGAGCAGCUGCCCUUCCCUCCCCACCACCACACGGCCCCAACCCCGCAGCCCCGACACUUUUUCCCCAAGCCCUACCUUACCCUCCUGUGUUUAUCUUUCCCCAGGGUCCGGCCUAUGCUUCUGGUCGUCCGGCAACACGGGGGGCUCCUCAGACGUCAGGGCAGGAUUGCUGGCGGUGCGGGCAGCCCGGCCACUUCCGACGGGAGUGUCCUCUCAUGGAGGUCGGACAGCUGGUUCGGGUUGCGGGACCGCCAGUUGCCUCCCCCGAUUUGGAAGGGACGUACCGUAUACCGACCGAUGCCUCGAACAGUGGGGUGGGGGCCGUUUUGUCCCAGCAAGUAGAGGGGGUCGACCGCCCCGUACUGUACAUUAGCCGUAAGCUCGCCCAGAGGGAGGUGAACUACAGUACGGUGGAAAAGGAGUGCCUCGCCAUACGGUGGGCGGUCGGCGCCCUGCGGUACUACCUCCUGGGGCGCCCUUUCACCCUCUGGUCGGACCAUGCCCCGCUCCAGUGGCUCCACCGCAUGAAGGAUGCCAACGCUCGGAUCACUCGGUGGUAUCUGGCGUUACAGCCUUUCAACUUCAAGGUGAUCCACAGGCCGGGUAACCGGAUGGUCGUGGCUGAUUUCCUCUCUCGCUCAGCGGAGGGGGGGGAGAGUCAGCUUGCGGCCGGCGGGAUCCCGGCCUGAGUCGGGCGGUGGGGGUAUGUGGCAGCGGGGUGGGGUUAGGGCGCCGGCUGCUGGAGUGAAGGGAGUGGCUCGGCCG